AUGGUGCCCGCGUCCCGCUCCCGCUCCCCGAGCGCCGCCAGCCCCGAGCGCCGCGGCCGCCGGUGGCGGUCCCGGUCCCGGUCGCGGUCCCGGUCCCGCGAGCGCAAUGGCCCGAGGCGCCUGAGCCACCGACGGAGCCGCAGCCGGUCCCGGAGCCCCGGCGCGCCGCGCUCCUCCGCGCACCACGGGCACCACCACCACGGCAAGGGCUGGCCUGAGUACUACGAGAAGGAGAAGGAGGAGAUCCUGCGGCAGAGGAGACUCAAUGAGAGAGAGAGAAUUGGAGAACUAGGGGCACCUGAAGUCUGGGGGCUGUCCCCAAAAGUUCCUGACCCCGAUUCCGAUGAGCACACACCAGUAGAAGAUGAAGAGGCAAAAUCUAAGAGUAGUUCUUCAGAUUCUAGCUCAGAAGAGGAAAAGAAGAAAAAGAAGAAAAGAAAAAAGAAAAAAGGUAAAGCGUCCAAAAGAAAGCGCAGGAAACAUUCUGAGGACAGCGACAGUGACUCAGAGUCUGAGCAGAACUCCAGUGAUGAGGAUAAAAAGAAAAGCAAGAAGAGGAAAAAGAAGACCAAAAAGAAGAAGUAUAAGAAAAAGAAAGCUAAGAAGAGCAGGAAGGAAUCCAGUGAUUCAAGUAGCGAAGAUUCCGAUGAUGAAGUCCUUCAAGGGGAUGAUCUCUGGAUUGAGAGGUCAAAAAAUACUGAAGCUGAUAGUUUGAUUGGACCUGAGGCUCCCAAAACUCAUGCGUCUCAGGAUGACAGGCCUUUGAACUAUGGACAUGCCCUCCUGCCUGGCGAAGGUGCAGCCAUGGCAGAGUACGUAAAAGCAGGGAAACGCAUUCCCCGCAGAGGUGAAAUCGGCUUGACGAGUGAAGAGAUUGCAUCAUUUGAGAGCUCUGGUUAUGUCAUGAGUGGCAGCAGACAUCGCCGCAUGGAAGCUGUGCGUCUGCGUAAAGAGAACCAGAUCUACAGCGCAGAUGAGAAGAGAGCUCUGGCAUCCUUCAACCAGGAGGAGAGGAGGAAACGAGAGAAUAAGAUCCUUGCAAGCUUUCGAGAGAUGGUCUACAGAAAGACUAAAGGCAAAGAGGAAAAAUAAUGCUUUGUUUGAGCUGUACACCAUAGAUUGCACCACGUGGCAGCUAACCCAGUCCAGUUGUGAUUUGAAAAAAGCUGCAGGUGCUGCAGC